AUGGCGGCCAGCUCUGAGGCAUUGUUCAUUGUCUUCCUCUGGUUGAUUAACGAUGAUACUCGUGGGGAGUAUUGGUUCGAGAACGAGUACCUGGAGUAUUUACGCAAAAAUCAUCUAGCCCUGCUUGAGGGUGUCGAAGUGGAUGGUGUGCAGCCUGCAGCUGUUGCCCCUACUGUUCUUGGUGCUCCUGCUGUUGAAGGGACAGAACAAAAUAGUGGCAGAUUGCUAGAGAUCUUUGGACAUUAA